CGCGCCAAAAGAAAAAUUUAUAGAGAGGCUGAACCGUAUUUCGCGGUGCUGUUGUGGCGCUCUACGCUUCUCUCACUAUCCUUAGGCGGUGGCGGGAAAACUGAAGUUCCUCUGCUGCUGUUGCAGCGGGAGGGACCGGUUCUGCGCUGGGCCGUCAGGAGAGCUGCGGCUGAAGAAAACCAGACCUGGCAGGGUUCGCCUGAGGAGCUGAGGACUUCGUAGUCCCCUUGCGUUUCCCACAUAAGAGGGAGGGAGGAUCAGGCCCGAUGGAUUAGCGCGUGGCUUUCUCUGCAGCCUUACAGCUUGCAUUUGUGUUGGAAUAGACGACAUGAGUGGAAUGUACAGAGGCAGAGGAUUUGGACGAGGAAGAUUUCAAAGCUGGAAAAGAGGAAGAGGUGGUGGGAACUUCUCAGGAAAAUGGAGAGAAAGGGAACAUAGAUCUGAUCUGAGUAAAACCACUGGAAAACAAAGCUCGGAACAAACCCCACAGCCUUCGCUUCUGCAGUCAACAUUGGAUCAAUUCAUACCAUAUAGAGGUUGGAAACUCUAUUUUUCUGAAGUUUACAGUGACAACUCUCCUUUUAUUGAGAAGAUUCAAGCAUUUGAAAAGUUUUUCAUAAGGCAUAUUGAUUUAUAUGAUAAGGAUGAAAUAGAAAGAAAAGGAAGUAUUCUGGUGGAUUUUAAAGACCUAACAAAAGAUGAUGAAAUUACUAACUUGAUACCGGAUAUAGGAAAUGAACUGAGGGAUGCCCCUGAGAAAACCUUGGCCUGCAUGGGGCUGGCAGUACAUCAGGUAUUAACUAAGGAUCUUGAAAGGCAUGCUGCUGAAUUGCAAGCCCAAGAAAAAUUGUCUAGUGACGGAGAAACAAUAGUAAAUGUGCCACACAUUUAUGCAAGGGUGUAUAACUACGAGCCCUUGACCCACCUGAAGAAUGUUCGGGCGAAUUACUAUGGAAAAUAUAUCACGCUGAGAGGGACGGUGGUUCGUGUCAGUAACAUAAAGCCUCUCUGCAUCAAAAUGGCUUUUCUCUGCGCUGCUUGUGGAGAGGUUCAGAGCAUCUCUCUUCCAGAUGGAAAAUACAGUCUUCCCACGAAGUGUCCUGUGCCCGCCUGUCGUGGAAAGUCCUUCACUCCUCUCCUCAGCUCGCCCCUCACGGUGACCAUGGACUGGCAGUCAAUCAAAAUCCAGGAACUGAUGUCUGAUACUCAUCGAGAAGCAGGUCGGAUUCCACGAACAAUAGAAUGUGAGCUUGUUCAUGACCUUGUGGACAGCUGUGUCCCAGGAGACACCGUGACCAUUACUGGGAUUGUCAAAGUCUCAAAUGCCGAAGAAGGAUCUCGAAAUAAGAAUGACAAGUGCAUGUUCCUUUUGUACAUUGAAGCAAAUUCUGUUAGCAAUAGCAAAGGUCAAAAGACAGAGACUUCUGAGGAUGGCUGUAAGCAUGGGACAUUGAUGGAGUUCUCACUUAAGGACUUCUAUGCCAUCCAGGAGAUUCAAGCUGAAGAAAACCUGUUUAAACUCAUCGUCAACUCGCUUUGCCCUGUGAUUUUUGGUCAUGAACUUGUUAAAGCAGGUUUGGCAUUAGCGCUCUUUGGAGGUAGCCAGAAAUACGCCGAUGACAAAAACAGAAUUCCAAUUCGAGGAGACCCACACAUCCUUGUUGUUGGAGAUCCAGGUCUGGGAAAGAGUCAGAUGCUACAGGCCGUGUGCAACAUUGCUCCGCGUGGCGUGUAUGUCUGUGGUAACACCACGACCACCUCUGGGCUGACUGUAACUCUUUCGAAAGACAGUUCCUCUGGUGAUUUUACUUUGGAAGCUGGUGCUCUGGUUCUUGGCGAUCAAGGCAUUUGUGGAAUAGAUGAAUUUGAUAAGAUGGGGAACCAACAUCAAGCCUUGUUAGAAGCCAUGGAACAGCAAAGUAUUAGCCUUGCAAAGGCUGGUGUGGUUUGUAGCCUCCCUGCAAGAACUUCAGUUAUCGCUGCUGCAAACCCAGUUGGAGGACACUACAAUAAAGCCAAAACGGUGUCUGAGAAUUUAAAAAUGGGGAGUGCCCUACUCUCCAGAUUCGACUUGGUCUUUAUCCUGUUAGACACCCCAAAUGAGCAGCAUGAUCAUUUACUCUCAGAACAUGUGAUUGCAAUAAGAGCUGGAAAGCAGAGAGCCGUUAGCAGUGCUGCAGUAGCUCGUGUGAAUAGUCAAGAUUCAAAUACUUCCGUACUUGAAGUGGUUUCUGAGAAACCAUUAUCAGAAAGACUAAAGGUGGCCCCUGGAGAAACAAUAGACCCCAUUCCCCACCAGCUAUUGAGGAAGUACAUUGGCUAUGCUCGACAGUAUGUCUACCCCAGGCUGUCUACAGAAGCUGCUCAAGUUCUUCAAGAUUUUUACCUGGAGCUCCGCAAACAGAGCCAGAGAUUAAAUAGCUCACCGAUCACUACUAGGCAGCUAGAGUCUUUGAUUCGUCUGACAGAGGCACGAGCAAGGAUGGAACUGAGAGAGGAAGCAACUAAAGAAGAUGCUGAGGAUAUAGUUGAAAUUAUGAAAUAUAGCAUGCUGGGAACUUAUUCUGAUGAGUUUGGAAACUUAGAUUUUGAGCGAUCCCAGCACGGUUCUGGAAUGAGCCACAGGUCAUCAGCAAAAAGAUUUAUUUCUGCUCUCAACAAUAUCGCUGAAAGAACUUACAGUAAUUUAUUUCAAUUUCGUCAGCUUCGGCAGAUUGCCAAGGAGCUAAAUAUUCAGGUUGCUGAUUUUGAAAACUUCAUCGGUUCACUAAAUGAUCAGGGAUACCUCUUGAAAAAAGGCCCAAAUGUUUACCAGCUUCAAACUAUGUAAAAGGACUUUAUCAAAUCAGGACCUUCUGGGUUUAUUGUCAUUUUAAGGCAUCUCAGUAAUGAACAGUAUGCCAAAAAAAAGUUCCUUGAAAAUGUUAUUGCAAAAAAACUAAAAUAAGAAAGAAGUGUUGGAUUUGGUUAACUAAUUUAAAAAUUAAAAUGUUGUAUGUUAAUGCUUCAUAACUUCUCCCAAAGGCUAACAAUAGCUUAUUUAUGAUAUAAAUUAUUUAUAGUUAUAUUUUCGAUCUGUCUUAUUUGUAUGAAUAUUUCUUUUUUUUUUUUUUUUUUGUCUUUUUCCUUUUUAUCGGUACCAGGGAUCGAACUCACGACUGCCUGCUUGCAAUGCAGGCGCUUAUGCCACUGAGCUAAAUCCCCAGCCCCUGUAUGAAUAUUUCAUACAAAUUUUGCGUAUCAGAUAUUCAUCAGGGAUAUCAUGUAAACUAAUGAAUAAAUCUGUGUUCCAGUAAAA